AUGAGCCGCGAUUUGGACGAUGGUACUAGCUCGUGCAGCAGCGGCGACGACAUUGUGAUGCCGUCGUCGCCUGCCCUCUUCGACUUUGACCCAGAUGUCAACCUGCAUGUCGCAGUCUCCCUUGAAUACGCGCAGGAGUCGCUCGGACCCGCGCCUGAGUCACUGCACCCGAUCGCACCCACCGAGUGGGUUUGUCUAGGCUGUUACGCUGUGGGAAUCCUCAAUCCAGCUCAACAGCAUGCCCAGUCAAGGCUAGCCCGCGACCUCUUGGCGCAUCACGCGAUCUUACCAGACCGUGACGGACACCGACCAGUCCAGCUCGUGAUGACGCACAUGGUGUCGUGGCAGCACCUCGAAGCAUUCAAAGCUCUGCUGCGCGAUACCACCACCGAAGUCCAAACUGUGUACGGUGGAUACACCCGCGUCCACCUGAACGAAUCGACCGCCGUCCGAAACGCUAACAGCCACGCGCUGUGUGCCGUUGUUGUCCACGUCGACAGGGUGCACAACCUGAUUGCGUGGCUCUGCUGUGGGCGCAAUGGCCAAAUCAAACUCGUCUCGACACCACCCGCCACGUCGGUCUCCUGCGACGAUUUGCUCUUGGAAGAGUGCGGCGACGACCUCAUGUGGGUUGAAUUCGAUAAACUGAACGAGCCUUCUCCCCCGUUCGACGCGACGUCUCCGUUGAAGCGCACUCAAUCGCCAACCGCCGUCGACUUGCUCGAAGAGCUCUGGACAUCAUCCGACGACUAUGUCGUGCUGCCGCCGCUCCCCUCACUCGCACCGCUCGUUUCGUCGCCCCCGCAGCACCACGAAGUCGUCCAUCGAAUGCCCACAUCGCAUUGCAUGGAGGACUUCUCAACUCACUCGUUCUCGACCCAGCAACUCGCCCCAAUGGAGAUCGCCACCUUCGUCGAUGAACACGGGUGUCCCCAACAGUUUAAGACGCUCUACUCACGCAACAACAAGAAGGGCGGGAUCCGUAAUCUCCGGUGCUUUCCCAACUGCAAGCGCGGACACCACUCGACGACGAGCUUCUGCGGGACCAACUUGAGAGUACAGUUCCAUCCAGACCACUCGAUGCCCACGUCGCUGGCACACGCGACGAUCACCGCAUUUGCGCGCUUCCGCAACUUCCUCGAGCCAUGCGAAGAGUACUCGCCCGGGAUGGUAGUUCCUCAAGCCAGCAUCUACCGAGAGCUCCGGUCUAAGGAGAAUCCCAAGGCGAUUUGGUUCCAGACCAAGUGCGUGAGCCCAAUGCUGUUCGAGAUUCGGCCAUCCGGCCGAUCCCUGUCGUGGCACUAUGGGUUCCACGGCGCCACCCUUCACAAAACCAUGACCCACUGCAUUGAGGUCGUUUUCUUUACCUGCGAGCGGGACUCGGCCGCGCCAUUUCAAUGCAUCGGUACGGUUCAGUCCCCUCGAUUUCGCAUCAUCUCUAGUCGCUCGCGCGAACCUUAA